AUGGUGACUGGGUGUUUCCGAAGCGCAUUGGCACUGGUAGGACUAGUAGUAGUGCUGGUGACUCUCAAUCUCUCAGUGAGAGCCACGUCAGCAUUCAGCUUCUCAAGCUCCGAGCAGGGAGAGGUGAUGUGGUCGUUCGACUGCGACUGGAAGGGCAACGACAUUGGCCAAGCCGCCGGCAUGGGCGACACGUGCGGAAAGCAGUGCCUCGAUCGCGCGGAUUGCACGCAUUGGACGUGGACGGCCGAAAAUGGCGGCUCGUGCUGGCUCAAAGCGGCAAUCAACGCGACAGAAUUGGUCGCCGCCAAUGGCACGUCGUGCGGUUACCGCGUUACCGACAGCGCGACCGGCAACCCGUACACGGGAGUCCAGCAGUACCUCAACCCCGAGUACAAGGCGAGCGUGGAAGCCGCGAUGCGUGCCGCGACUCGCGAGGAUGCGCCGUUUUUUGCGAGCGUGGCGGACCAUCCGACGGCCGUGUGGCUCGAUACGAUGGCGAAGCUCGACUCCAUUCAAGGCCACCUGGACGCCGCAGCGGCUCAGGCGGGGGAAAAUCCGAUUCUCGUGCAAUUCGUGAUCUACGACCUCCCGGGCCGCGACUGCAAGGCGUGGUCGUCCAAUGGGGAGAUUCCCAAGGGCGGCCUCGAGACGUACAAGGCCGACUACAUUGAUGUUGCCGUGGCGCGCCUUAAAAACAAGGCGGCGAACGUGCGUCUGUCGCUCGUGAUCGAGCCCGACUCGCUGCCCAACAUCGCGACCAACAUGGGCACGAAUCGGUGCGACGCGACGACGGAGCAGGAAUAUACGGAGGGCGUCGCGUACGCGAUCGCGACGCUCUCGCAGAUACCCGACACCACGCUCUAUCUCGACUCCGGCUUCGGGGGCUGGCUCGGGUGGUCGGAGGGAAUGAAGCGCGUGGUGGCGGUGUACAAGAAGGUCCUCGCGCGCGCGCGGCAGAUCCACGAGAACGCCAAGAUCCGAGGCUUCGCGUCCAACGUGGCCAACUACAGCCCGCUCUUCGCGUCCGACGACGGCUGCCCGGCGUUGGAGAAAUGCCCGCUCGCACAGAACCCGAGCACGGGCGAGAUGAACUACGACUGGAACCCGUGCAUCGACGAGAACCGCUUCACGGCGCGCAUGAAUGCGUUCCUGGGGGCCGCGGGACUGCCCACCAGGUGGAUCGUUGACACCAGCCGGUCCGGCGUCGCUGGCAUUCGAACGCGCUGGGGGUCGUGGUGCAACGUGAGGAACGCGGGGAUCGGAGAACGCCCCCAGGCGGAUCCCGCUAAUGCUCCGCAAGUUGACGCUGUGGUCUGGAUCAAGCCGCCUGGGGAGAGCGAUGGUCACGCAAAGGGGAUUUCGGAGCUGAUUCCCGUGGAUCGCGAAUGCGACCCCCUGGACCCGCUUGGCCUGGACGCCCUAUCAGACGCGCCGCGAGCUGGCCAGUGGUUCCAGGAGCAAUUCGCCAUGCUGGUUCGCAACGCCAUCCCGCCCAUGCCUGCUGGCACGGUGGACCCGCCCCCCCCGCCUGCCGACCCGUGCAUGACCGACCCGCAAACAAACCCCGCGUGCGAUCCAUUCUGGGAGAACCUGGCCGUGGAGUACUCUCCGCAGUACAAGUUCCACCCCGACGAGACCAUCUGGCCAACCACGAUCGACGAAUACCUCACCCAUGUGACAUAUUCCAUGGGUAUGUAUUGGGAGGACUCUUCAACAGAAAAGCAGCUUCGGUACCAAGAGGGCCCGAUCACUCCCGACAACCUUGAUACGUUGCUGGGGGAUGGGGCGUUGAAGACCGAGCGUGACCGAACUGUCCUGCUGAGUCCGGGUGAAGUUGACGAGGAUACCGACUGGGUGGAGGACUCGGCGCGCAACCCGGAAAAUGGAGGCACGAAGCUGUACACCAUUAUCUAUAACCCAAAGCCCGAUGACAAAGACUCGUUUGUGGAGAUUCAGUAUUGGCUCUUAUACCCAUAUAACUAUGCCAAUUCUGAUAUGGGUGCUCCGGAGUACAACCACAUCACGGACCUGGUGGCGAUUGCAAUCCGCUUCUCAAAGACCGGCGAGCCGCAGCGCAUUUGGUACGCGCAGCACGGCAACGGACCUGUGUGGGCGUGGGACACUGGUGCUGACUGGGACGACCCCAAGCCAAAAAGCUUUGCUACGGUGAUGGGAACACAUCCCAUUGUGUAUGUCUCGGAAGGAAACCAUGAGCAUUAUAAGGGAGUUGGUGACUUCAAUUGCCACUGGGGUGUUUGCGACAACACGGCCAACGGAGGAGUUGUAUGGACGCCCAAGGACAACCUGCAGUCCUUUGAGUUUGUUCACGUCAAAAGCGAGAUGUCCGAUUCCAUGCCGGAUGCGGAACGAGCGAAGCUAUUCACGGGAAGAAACAAGUGGAUGGCUUUCAAUGGGAAGAUUGGUGGAUAUAUAUUUAGCUACUUCGAUGAGACUGAAUGGGUAAGGCGCCUUGAGACCGGGGUUAGCGCGAUAUCUUUCCAGAAGGACCAGGGAAAGGUGAGUUUGAGUAUUGCUAUUGGGUACCGUGCUUUGUAG